AAAUACAGUUAUGGAUAGCAUUCCAGAGAAAGAUAUUGCAGGGAAAUUAGAUGUGAAAGAUGACACCGACACACAAGGAAGAGAGGAAAUAAAGGAGGAGACUUGCAUAUAUAAACGAGAACUAGAUGAUUUGCAUAGCGGUAGCGACUUCUGGAACGUUUGCAGCUACGAUUGUCUUCAAGGUGAGAUAGUGGAUGUUAUCAAAUCUAUCCAGACGUUAGUAGAUCAAGAAGCUUUUGACUGUCACAUUCGAAAAGACUCACACACAAUGAAUAACAUAAAUAAGCAGCUGGAAUUGAGAAUAGAGGAUUUGUCAAAGACAGACUGUGCAGUCGUGAUUGCUGGAGAAACGAGUUCUGGAAAAUCAAGCAUUAUUAAUCUCAUAAUCGGCAGUGAUAUCGUUCCCACUGAUAUUAUGGCAACAACAACAAGAGUGUGUAGAAUAAGGUAUUCAUUAAAAAUGCAAGUUACAACGCUGGAUAAGGGAGGCAAACAAUUAGACUGCACAGAAUGUAGUAGCGUAGACCAACUAAGUGAGAUGAUGGAAGAUUUGGCAACGACAGAAGACCACGAAAUAGAAUACAUUGAUGUCUCAUUUCCCGUACCUAUACUAAAGGGAAACAUCAUCAUAGUUGAUACACCAGGAAAAGGUGACACCGGACAAGAUGAUGUGGCGGAAAAGAUGAUGAAGUAUCUACCAAAUGCAGUGGCUUUUAUAUUUGUUGUGAACGUUUCCAGCGCAGGUGGAUUCCAGGAUGAUAGGCUACUUCACAUCAUAAAACGUGUCAGAGAAUCGAUGAGUCACAUGUAUUGCCUAGAUCCUGAAGAUGCCAUUUUUCUACUCAACAAAUGGGAUGCAGUAGUUCGACAAAAAAAGAAGCGAAAAAAAGAUCUGUAUGAGGAAUUAAAAGAAAAAGUUCACAAGAUAUGGGAAGGAGUGAAGGACAGAAAUAUUCUCAAAUUCGCCUCAGCGAUGGUGCAUGAGGAUGAGACCUACAAAAUCGAAUUUGAAAAAUCUCAAGAGAUUUUAAAAGAAGUCAUCGCCAAAAAUGAAUUCAAGCGAGUAAAGGUUCAUCUGAGAUUUAUAAAAUCUUUUGCUGAUGACUGUGAUUUAAUUCUUUCACAUAAGCUGAAAUGUGCAAAGCAAAGUACAGAGAAAACAUUUCAGGAACUAGAUCAGUUUUGGAGAGAUUUGCAAGUAAUAAAAAUAAAAGACAGGAGUUUCGCACUUUCAAGACUUCAUGAAAGUGUUGACAAUUUUCUUGGAGGCACUGCAAAAGCUCUAUAUCAAUAUAUACACAGUGAAAACUUCAGGUCGAGAGUUCUACAAGAUAUUGAGAAGUACUCGCGCUUUACAAUAGGAGGAGAACUCGACGCUCGCAUAGAAAAGGAAACUCUUUCUUGGCAGCAAGAAAACAUUCAAAAGAUGUUUUCAAGCGAGAUAUUGGAAAGACUUACAGAAAACUUUAUCCUUAUUCAAGAGUCUUUACACAAUAUUAAGGACAAAAUGAAAGGAUUUAAGUCUCCCUUUGACGUUGAAGACAAACUUGGCUCUGUCCUCAUUUCCUUGAUAGCUCCAAGUGGUACGGCAGUCGCUGGAAGCAUGGCGAUGAUGUAUAUGUCUGUUAGUCCUAAGGCUGCACAAGCUGUCGCGGCAGCAGGAGUUGUGACUGGACUAGUAGUUACAGGAUUAGUGGCACUGGACGUCCUUGAUGACUAUGAAGAAGUUGUAAAGAAUGCUUACAAAGCUAGAAUUGAUAAAUUAACGCAGCCAAAGAUAAAGAAAAAAUUGCGUAAAACAUAUGAGAAAAGAUUUAAAGACAUCAUCAAAAGUUUUCUUGAGGGAGAUUUGAAAAGAGAAAUCGAUGAUUUGUCGAACAGCGUUGAAACAACAAAGAGCAAGAUUGAAUUUUAUAAGGAAGAAGAGAAAGUAUUGCUUUCCUUGAGUGCAAAAAUUUCAAACAUUCGAGAGCGUGCAGAAAAUUUAAAAAACGUCGAAAUACAACUGGAUUAAAACCAAC